CUAUUACCCCAUACUUCGCCUGCAUCCAAGCCUCAAUUGCCCUGUUCGCGCCGUGAUUACCCCAGGGAAUGUCUUCGAAGUUUAUUUGCUUGCGUUCCGCGCGUCUCGCUGCCCGUUAUCCGUGUCAUCGAAGGACCUUUGCCUCGGCAGCCUCUAGCCGUGAUGCUGUCCGUAUUGUAGAAGUUGGACCAAGAGAUGGAUUGCAAAAUGAGAAGAAGGCGAUACCUGUAGCCACGAAGAUAGAGCUGGUUGAGAGGCUUGCACGUACUGGUCUGAGGACCAUCGAGGCAGGGUCGUUUGUGUCGCCGAAAUGGACACCUCAGAUGGCAAACUCGUCGGAAAUCCUCGAACAUGUCCUGCGUAGCACGCCUCAGUCUUCUGUACCGAUAACAUACCAAUGGCUCCUCCCGAACGUGAAGGGCUUCGACAGCUUCCUCAAGAUGUGGAAUGCCCAGUCGUCCACAGCGCAAGACGCAUACCCAACACCUCCACCCUCACCAGGGCCGGACGAUGGCCCAGCGCUGAACAUCUCGUCUGAAGAUCCCAACGCCAUGCCCUCCGCAACCUCCGGCGCCGAAGCCAUGGGUAAGGAGCGAGCAUCGUGCUCAGCUGGAGGUCCAGUACACGAGAUCUCGAUCUUCACUGCGGCGACCGAGUCGUUCACGCAGAAAAACACAAAUUGCUCGAUAGCAGAGUCAUUGAAACGGUUCGAGCCCAUCAUGUCGAAGGCGAAGGAGAUGGACUUGAAGGUGCGAGCAUACAUCUCAGUGGCGCUCGGGUGCCCAUACGAAGGACCAGAUGUGGACCCGCACAAAGUGGCAGAGUUGGCUGUCAACCUGCUAGAGAUGGGCGCAGACGAGAUCUCCGUGGCAGACACAACUGGCAUGGGCACCGCGCCGAAGACCGCUGAACUUCUCAAGACUCUGAACGCUGCUGGCAUCGACAAGCACGACCUGGCGUUGCACUUCCACGACACAUACGGCAUGGCUCUGGUGAACUCGGUGGUAGCUCUCGAGCACGGCAUCCGCACCUUCGAUGCUGCAGUAGGUGGUCUGGGAGGGUGCCCGUACAGCCCUGGUGCGACUGGCAAUGUUGCUACUGAAGAUCUGGUGCACUUGUUCCAUAGCCUGGGCAUGAAAACUGGUGUGAACAUGGAAGAGCUGUCAGAGAUUGGCGAGUGGAUCUCGGCAGAGCUUGGGAGGUCGAACGAGAGCAGUGCUGGGAAAGCUACGUUAGCUCAGAUGCGGAAGUGAGCAUAGUAGAUGGUGGAAAUAGCCUGCUGAAAGCUCAAAAAGAGCUUCGAAUGCUUCACAACACCUGUCUAACCUCACUCCUCACCUGCACUUGCUUACGUUCUGCAAAUGUGUGCUGAACCAGCGAACCAUCAAUAGUUACCUCUCAGGUGCGCUUCCUCUCGCCUCGUGGGUCGCAGUCCGGGUAGCAGUGGUGAGAGUGAAUAGUGUUGGUGUGCGUCACAGCUUGUCCGCACCUCCUUCACCUCAAACCUGCUUUUACUUCAUCACCACACACUGGGGCUGCACACUGCACUGUGUCUCGUAUGUCUGCGUCUGUUUGAAAGCAAUUCAAGCUCACCAACGUCC